AAGAGCGGCCAUCUUUACCCACUGUACCAACUGCUACUCCAGUAAAGAAAGAAAAUAAAUGUCCUGUCGGGAUUUUAUUGUAUUCUGGAUGUGUCAUCAAAGGGACCACGUUUAAUUUGGAAGGCAAAAAAUGAGGCAUCAUGACCUAGUGAUCUUCAUAAGGAGCACUGUGGCACAAAGCAUCCUUCUCCUAUGACCGGUAAAUCAUCCGCAGACUGUAGUUCGAGAUUCCCGCUAGUCGUCUGUACCGCUGUGGUAGUUUCCAGGGAGAGCCCCCCCACCUCCCCGAGGAGAUAUGGAGCCCCAGGAGAGUCUGGGAGUGGAGGGCAAAUCGGGCGCACUGGGGGUACUGGUGCCGAGCCCACGGAGCGAAGCGGUGACCCAUGACCUGGAGGAAUUGUCCCUGCAGCCCACUCAGAGCCUUCCACCCAUUAAAGAGCGCAAGAAUGUGCUUCAGUUAAGACUCCAGCAGAGGCGCACACGCGAGCAGCUCGCAGACCAGGGCAUCAUGCCACCGCUGAAAACACCUGGAGCUUUUCACGGGCAACUCAGAAGUCUGGAGAGGGCAAGGACUGUGAAUUUCCUGAAGCAUAAAAUCCGCAGCAGACCUGACCGCGCUGAACUUGUUCGAAUGCACAUUUUACAAGAAACCCAUGCAGAGCCUUCUUUGCAAGCCACUCAGAUGAAACUAAAGAGGGCACGUCUAGCAGAUGACCUCAAUGAGAAGAUUGCACAGAGGCCUGGACCAAUGGAACUGGUGGAGAAGAACAUUCUGCCUGUUGACAUUGUUGGAGGACUGGAUGUUUAUAACUUCAAUGAGGACAGCAGUGAAGCUCUGUCUCCAGAGCAGCCAGCUAGUCAUGAGUCUCAAGGCUCUGCAUGUUCUCCUGUAGAAGCCAGACUGCCUGAUCCAUCCUCUGUUUCGCCUCCGACUGGCUCCAAACUCCAGAGUCCAGACUUCCUGAACAGAACAUCAGCAGAAGAUGGCCGAGUAAUGACUGCCACUCAGCUAGUCACUGCUGCUACUCCCACAAAGCCAGCACCCACCCUUGUGAAGGUAAACCAUAUUUCGAAGCUCCCGUUGCAUUUAAAAUCCCUCAUACUCCUCUACAGGCCAGUAGCUGAGAUUCAGAACAGCUGCCCCAACAUCAACCUAAGCACCAGCCCUUGUCUUCCCACUCCCAUUAUGGUAUCUCUGCCCAAUGCGGCUCCUUCACAUCCCAACAACACUGUGACCGGUCGUAAAACCGGGUCGCUGCCUACCAACCUAGAUGAGAUGAAGGUGGCUGAGCUUAAGAUGGAGUUGAAAUUGCGUGGACUCCCUGUGUCCGGCACAAAGACAGAUCUCAUAGAAAGGCUUAAAGCCCACCAGGAGAGCUCUCAAUCUGCUACAACCAUGGAUACAAACAUCUCCAAAGCUCCUCUACAGCCUGACAGCAUGAGCACAACUCCCCCCAUUUCUCCUGAGCAGUCAGAGGCCUCCUACAUCAGUAUGGAGGACAGCAGAGACAGUCCCACCAAAGCUCUAUGCAUGUUGUCUCCAGUCCAUCCACCAGCAGGCACUUCACCCCUCAAACCCACACCUGAAGACAUGACCAUGGACAUCAAGGUGUCCGAAAAAGACCAGCGCCUUCACGAGAAGGAGUGUCAGAUUGAGGAACUCAUGCGUAAGCUGGAGCAGGAGCAGCGGCUGGUGGAGGAGCUGAAGAUGCAGCUGGAGGUAGAGAAAAGGAGUCAGCAGGGCGGAGGGCAGAGCUGCAACUCCAAGCAGAGUCCCCUGCCACAAACUACAGGUGUGAAACAGGAAGAGCCACAUGCUCAGCUGCACCACACCCCAGUCCAGCAGUUCUAUAUCAACACCCAUCAAGUCCCACAAGUGCUGCAUCAGAAGACACUGAUUAACACUCAGCCUGCCACACAAAUCCUGCUGCCUAUCAGCCGGCCCAACAACCCCAUCAGCACACAGGUGCAGACCAUUCUCCAACCAACAUUGCCCAGCAUAAUACAAACACCACUUCUGCAAACACAGACGUCCAACAACACAAUGUUACAACAGCAUUCAAGUCAGACGCCAUCUCCACCUCAAGCUUUACCCAUGUGUGGAAGCUCGUCUUCUGGGUUUGAGUACAGGCAGCACCAGAACCAGCCCAUGACAGACAUGCCCCAGUGCUUUCUCAACAACUCACCCAGACACACAAAUGGACCCAUUAACAAACCUCCCUCGCCCUGUCAGCUCAACUAUAUCUUCCAGCCAUUGACGUUCCCCAAUCACCAUAGCCCAAAGAGCAAAGACCCACCCCGUUACGAGGAGGCCGUCAAACAGACCAGAGGUCUACAAGCCACAGUGCAGGUUCCCACUGCUACCAGUCAGCACAUGGACGAUUUGUUUGAUGUUUUGAUCGAGAGUGGAGAAAUAUCCCCUCUAUCUAGACAGGAUCCUUCUCUGGACAAACUUCUUCCAGUGACAGCAAACAUCACCACCCUGCCCAUCAACACGGUGCUGUCUCGAGAAGAAAAAGCAUCCAAGUUUGGAACAACAUGGAAGAAUGCUCUGGGAUUUAGGUUAACAGACAUUCCCUAUCAUAAAUACGAUUUAUCUCUGUCAUUCAUGUGCUCAGAAUUCAAAUAUUUCGAACUCCAUUUGAAUGGCACAGUACUAAUAUUACAUACUUUGUCAUCUAUUUUGAACACUUUCUGUUGUCUUAAUACCUUGUAUUCUUCCAUAAAGGUUCCUACUGCUACCAGUCAGCACAUGGACGAUUUGUUUGACGUUUUGAUCGAGAGUGGAGAAAUAUCCCCUCUAUCUAGACAGGAUCCUUCUCUGGACAAACUUCUUCCAGUGACAGCAAACAUCACCACCCUGCCCAUCAACACGGUGCUGUCUCGUCCUCCCCCGCAGAUACAUGUUGCCCGCACACCCAACCAAACCCAAGCACCUUCAUCCAGCCUGGUGGCUCUGGCCUCCGAUAACCAGUUGGAGGCCCUGCUGGAGGACGCUGAGCCACGGACCCUGAGAAUGAUGGAGGAGCUUAAAAACCAGCUGCUGGAGCGGCCCCACUCCCCAAUGGACACUUCAGAUCUGACCUUCACCGACACGCCGCCUUCCGCCCUCCCUCUACAAGAUGCAGGUCUCGACAACAUGGAAUGGUUGGACCUUACGAUUCCAGGACCUGCUGGUAUCUGCUCACCGACUGCAGUCUUUUCAUCUGAUUUCUUGGACUCCACUGAUUUACAGUUACACUGGGACUGAGCUCACAAAUGGAUGGAGAUUGGAGACAUUCUGAAAAGAUCUGCGGUGCGCAGUCGGACACUUAUAGAGCUCAGUUGUUCAGACUUCUUGGGUUCCGAGGAUCUGUGUGCAAACCACUCAUAGUGUAGCAUCAGCUUUUCUCAAUUGUGCCUAUACAUGCAGGUUUGUGUACUGCUUUUGUCACCAACACCUUUUUCAAGGCAGAAGAAGAAUGUAGAGACACUUUUUUUCACCUGUAUAUUUAGGCAGUCCUUUUGUCCAUAAAAAUAAUUGGGAUCCGAACUUUCAAGCUCCAAAAAGUACAUAAAGGUAGCAUGAAAUUAGUCCAUAUGACUUGACUGGUAUAUUCAAAGUCUUCUAACGCAUCACAAUCACUUUCUAUGUUGAAAAGAUCAAACUUUUAAAUCUUUUUUCACUCUCAAACCACACCAAAACAUUCAACAAUGCACAGACUAAAUUAAAUUUGGCUUCAAGAACCUUAAAGUUGGCAUGAAAUUAAAA